CCGAUUGUAGCAAUUUCAGAGCACGCGCGCUUCGUGUGCCGAGGUUUUCAUUGGCUAUCGCAGUGCGCGUGCCAUUUAUUAUCAAAUCAAUCAAGCAGCAGCUGAUUGUUUUGUCCACUUUGCAAAAACAACAGGCCGGCUGCUGUGCAUGCGCUGGGGGCGCUUGACAACAACAAGGAACCGAUGACAUCGAUGUGCCACUCUACACAAAUUCAUCAUUAUAUCUGAAGUAAAGUCUGCGAAAAGAGCAGAGAACGAAAUUGUACAGCAUACGGGGACAUUUGUGAGUAGGCGAGUAGUUGAAAGCUAACAAAGAUGAGCAUGCUGCACCAAAAACGAAAGAAAUUUGCCUCUGUCCUGGAAAAAGCCUGCAAGCAGUCUGCAUCAUCAAGUCUCUCAGAUUCAAGCAGUGUAAUUUCCCAAGAUCUACCCAAUUCUUCCCCUAAUUGCAAUGGAGACUCUGCUGUAAACCCCUGGUGUGCUGGUACCCCUGCCACGCCUUACCAGCCAGAUUCGUCGUUACUCAAUCCGAUGGGCUGGCCGGCGAGUUUACUCGGCAGCAGUGAUGUCUCUUGUAGUUCACAGCUCAGCCCUUGCAUUGAUGGGGAUAGCUGGCCAUACGAUUCGUGUUUCUCCUGCCCCUGGAAUCCCAGUGCUGACUUGGAAUUCCUCGAAGCAGACACGGCAGAUCACAUGCUAGCGAAAGCUAUCUCAGCCAAUCAGCAGGCAACUCAGACAAGCAUGGAUUUACUGGACUUUCUUGAUGACCAGAAUCACACCAUCAGCCAUCUCGGGGCAUGCAUGGAUAUGGAGGACCAGCUGUUUGCCGACGCCGACAACUCGUCGCUAUCCCUCCUUUCUGACCUCCGAUGUGAUCUCAAGUCAGACUGCCUCAAAAACGAUGCCUGGCUGCAUGACCCCAUGACCUCUGACAGUGACCUGGAUGACCUUUGGAUGAGGUCCACCCUUACUGUGAAGACCCCAUGUCGUAAAGGCAGUCAGUCUGUGCUUCAGCCCUUGUACUUCUGCAACGAUGUGACCAAGGGUCUAUCAACUGCUGAUUAUUUUCACUGUGUAGCUGACAGAGUUAAAAAGAAGAAGAGCAUUCCUAGAAAGGACGUCUCACCUGAUGAGCUUCUCUUCAGGAAGGAGAGGAAUCGUCUACGCAGCAAGGCCUAUCGUCUCCGAAGGAAGAUGCAAUAUGAAUCCAUGCAGAAUGAAGUAACGCAGGCGCGCCAGAAAAUACAAGAGGUCCAGAAAGAGAAUCGUAAAUCUUAAAAUGGUCAGAGGUGAGGUACUGAACAUUUAUCAGAGUCCUGAAUGGUUGAGUUACCUAAUUCCAAAAGUUAAAGAACAGAUCUUCUGUGAAGUUUUGCUGGCAUAUUGGGUUAUGAUUCAAUAACAAUGAAUUCUGGUUGUACUCCUGCUUUAUCCAAGAGGAACAAAAGCACUGCCCUCUAAGAUGUCCUCUAUGAAUUGGGACUAUCCCUACAAGACAUUAACUUGCAGUUGUGUGUAGUUGGUCCCUUUGUUAAUGUCCUAUUUAAAUUCUUCAACAAUUCCUUCAACAGUUGAACCUCCACAAGGGAAAUAUAAGUUGUUAGAAACAACACAAAUGAAAUAUUUUGGAUGGGCAUUUACAUAUUAUACAGGGUGUUUCAAUAAAAACACCAACUUUGAAGCCCAACUU